CGGCACACGCGUGGCUCUCCUAGCGCUUAAGGGUAUAAUCCCAGCGCAAGCAGCGUUCAGACGUUUCCGGCACGCAGCGGCCAGCUCGCCUGACGCGGCAAGGCGACCACCGGCGCGCCCCGCCCUCCUGUGCACAAGGUCACCCAGCCCCCAGAGACGCCAGCCGGCGCUAACAAGGGGCACCAGCAGGGCGACCAAGGACGCCAGCAGCACCAAAAAGAUGCGCACGAAGCAACCCCCCCAGGAAAAUGAACUCAAGGAGGCCUGUCAAAGCGUAAAAAACGACCACCCCGACUUUGGCGUGAAGCGCGUCUUCAAAGAACUCGAGCAGCGCAAGCCGAGGUGGAGAUUAACGGAGAAGCGCGUCCAGAAGUGCAUGAAGAAGUAUGGACUCACGUGUAGUACUAAGCCGCCCCCGUCACCAUUACGAGAUGACGACGAAGUAGCACCAACGGUCUUUCCGGAAGACUGCGUCUGUCUGCGAAGCAAGCCGGCGCAAUUGGGCUGGGUCCUCAAGGCCUCGGGCGUGUUGGGAGGCGACGACGACUAUGAUGACGACGACGAGGAGGAGGAGGAGUCGAGGGCCGUGCCCGAAGGGUCAGCAAGGGUCCAAUGGCUCGACCACUAUGAGCCAAGGUUAGAGUCGACGGAUGCUGUAGAGGUUGUGGACCGGCCCUUUGUCGUUGGAGAUGUUGUGGCAAGAGCCGACGACCCGACGGGCGCCUUAGGUGCUGUUGUGAAAGUUUCAUUAAGGGCCGACGUCCGCGUCGUCUACUCGCCGACGUCAGUCACAGUACCGCCGCCGCCACCACCACGGAAUCAGCGGAGACGCGGGCGAAGUGCGGGGAGACGGGAGCCCUCGCCGAAGCCGCCGCCAUUGCCACAGAAGAUCGAGGGCACGUUGCGGAACAUCCCGGCCGCAUCGUUGAAACCGGCUACUGGUUUACGGAUGGGCGACCCCGUGGCGCAUCGGACGCGAGGGCGGUGGGUCGGUAGGGUUGUCGGGGCUACGUAUGACGUGACCGUGAGAUGUAAUGGCGGCGCGUUAUGCGUCGUGCAAGGUCUAGGCGACAACGGCGCCGAGCAAUUGGUAGAACCAGUCGACGAUGCGGACUACGGCUUUGAUGAAUUGUGCCCCUUCUUCCCGGGGCAGCGCGUGUCGGCGCCGCCCUCGGUGUGGCGUAGAGCGUCGUGGAAGAACGGCGCGCGGGCGCCGCAAGGCCGAAGACGUAGAAGUGGUGUGGUAGAAAAGGUCGAAGUCUCGCAAGCGGGCGUGCAGUGGUUGGCCUGGGGCGUCGGCGCGUCGCGCGACCCGCCGCCGGCUUGGGCUAGUGUCAAGGAGAUCGACAUCCUCACGGCGUUCGCGGGCCUGACGCGCGUCGGGGACCACGUCUGCGGUUCCGACUUACCUGAUGGUUCAUGUGCGCAAGUCAUCCGGACGGAGACGAGAUGUUCGGUGCGGUGGUCGUCCUCAGAAGAUUCGCCGGAAGUAGCUUCUCUGGAAUUGGUACCGAGGCAACACCUGGGCGAGCACGACUUCCUGCCGAACGACUUUGUGGUCAAACGUUUAGAAGAAUCUUCAGAUGUGGGCGUGAUCCGAGUCGUCGACGCGAAGGAGCGGACGUGCUCCGUGAAGUUCGGUGACACGGAAGAGACGAUGUCGUCCUACGAGCUCGCUCUUAGUUCAGCGGACAAUUAUUCGGCGGGCGACCUCGUAUUAAGGGUGAACCAGAGUUCUUCCACAGAAGGUCCGAACCGCCAGACGGCAGGUACCGUGUCUGAUCAGACGGACUUUGGCACGGAAGACAAUGAAGAGGCCGAGUUAGCCGAAGCGAUCCGACGGUCCCUGGAGGAGACACCAUCUACCGAAACGUCGACAGGAGAAGAGCGCUGGGUCGGCCAGGUCCUGAGCUUGAGUGACGGGAAGGUACGGGUGCUGUGGGUCGACGGGUCGAAAGAAGAAGUAGCCCCGUCUGAAUUGUUGUUAGUACCAGACGCGUCGGGCGAGGAGCCGUACAAUAGUGAGGAGGAGGCGUCGGACGGCGAAAGCCUCCCGACGCAGCCGCCCGUGGAGGCGCCUGUUGCUCAAAGCCCCGUCGUCGAGAGUGACGACGACGACAGUGACGACGAGGACACGAGCCCCUUCGCGAUUGUCGAGGAGCCGCCUCAAGACCACGCGUACGGCCACACGGCGCCUCAUCAAGUACCUCUGAAACAAGUGAGGAAGCUCUGGGCGCAAUUAGGUAAACAUUUGCCGCCCGGCGUCCAUGUGCGAGCCUUCGAGAAGCGGACUGAUCUAUUAAGGGCCGUGAUUGUGGGCCCGACGGGCACGCCCUACGACGGGUUUCUCUUCUGGUUCGACCUGCAGCUGCCGGAGACGUACCCGUCCGAGCCGCCGUCCAUGCACUACCACGCCUGGGGUCUUAGUGAAAGAUUGAACCCCAACCUCUACGAGAACGGGAAAGUGUGUUUGAGUUUGCUGGGGACGUGGAGCGGCCCGGGCUGGGACCCCGAGUCGUCGACACUGUUACAAUUACUGGUAUCGGUGCAAGGCUUAGUAUUAGUGGACAAGCCCUACUACAACGAGCCCGGCCACGAGAGGCACGCUGACACCGUCGAGGGCGAGCAGCAAGCUAGACUGUACAACGAGAACGCCAGGUUGUUAUCCUUACAAGCGACGACGGCGGCGUGCCGCCGGCCGCCGCGGCCCUUCCGGGGCGUCGUCGCGGCGCACUUCGCGAGGGUCGGGCCCGCGCUGCUCGAGAGUUUGGAGGCGGCGGGCGGCGGCGACUCGCACUCGGACGGCUACCGGCGCGUGCUGCGGCGGCUCGCGCCGCGGUUUGCGGAGGCCGUGAAUUCCUUGAAGAGGCCUGAUGGUGAAUUGGACGAGGUUGAGGACGCGUAAGGAGACUGUCAAAU